AUGGACAGAAGGGAAAUCAUCGGUGGCCGGGAAGCCAAACCUCACUCAAGACCAUACAUGGCCUUUGUGGAGAUAAAAGGUUCUCAGUGUGGAGGGUUCCUGGUGCAAAAGGAUUUUGUCUUGACAGCCGCACACUGUGUUCCUAAAGGAAGGGAACUGGCACACAAAGCUACAAUAAAUGAGACUGUGAAGCCAAUUCAUCUGCCCCAAGCUAAUGCUGUGUUGAAACCAGGGACCAAUUGCAGCGUGGCUGGCUGGAGAAUGACUGGAGUAGACCUGCCCACUCAACCCUGCCAGCUCAGGGAGGUGGACUUGCAGGUGGCUGAGGAGAAGCAGUGUAUGCAGUUCUAUCACUCUUUCAACUCCACUUUUGAUCUGCACAGAGGAGAGGAGAAGUCACCUUUCCAGGUUGGGGUGUUGAUUCUGGGGGGGCCUCUGGUGUGCAAAGGUAAAGCCUAUGGUAUUGUGUCCUAUGGAGUGUACAAUGGCCUUCCUCCUACUUUCUAUACACGUAUCUCAGCCUACAUCAAUUGGAUAGAGGAGAACAUGGGCCAGGAAUAG